AUUCAAACUACCGUAGUUUCAGUUUGGUCGCGGUGCUUUUUUCUAAACGUUUCGAAAAUGACCUAUCCAUGAAUCUGCUUUGUCGUUAAUACACAUAUAGUUUAUUUGAUUUGCCGUUGACCCAUCGUUUUACCUACAGCUGCUUACGACGACGGUCUUCCUUAUUUUAACCAAGUAUACGGUUAGAUACCUACCACUUUGGAAACGCCUGAAAGCAAAACAACAUCACUCGCUAUGGAAUUGUUGUAAGUGAUUUUGUUUGAUUAAUGAUAUUUUAAAGUAAAGACACUAAUUUAUGAUACCGGUAUGGUAUUUAUCACUUUAUUAUGACGAAUACCACUAGAAAGUACCAUAGGCAUAAAUUGGGGAUCUUAGAGAGUUUAGCCCCCCAAAAAGUUUGUAUAGCCUCCUAAAAAUUUUGAAAUUUUAAUAAACUAUAAGGUCUUGUGUUAGUAAAAUUACUGUUAUCAGUCGGACAGCCGAUUUUGUAAUGCAAUAAAAUUAGAAUGAUUAAGCUAGGUUAGUAUUUUAUAACGUCAACAACGAUAACAGUACACGACGCGCGACGUAUGUGUUUUUUCUUCUAUUAUUAUCGCUAUUACUAUAGAAAAAUCACUGUUUUAAAUUUAUAUAAAAACCUAAUGUAAAUAACAAACUGAUUGAGUACUACGGCGGUGAACGGUAAAUUGUAAACAUCGAAUAUUGAUCAGUUAAGUCAGUUUAGAUGUUAUGACGAACAGCCAACGACUUAUUUUCUUUAACAUUUCCAAUUAGUUCCUCCACGUGUGAGAGAAGCAUCUCAGCUAUGUGUCUGAUAAAAACAUGACUCCGAUCGUCUUUAGAUUCAUUCAGAUGUCUAUCUUGUAUAUAGAAAAAAGUGAUACCAAAAAUAUUAAUAAAGAGAUCAUUCUUAAACAAUUUGCUGAUGAAAAUAAGUAUAUAAUGUUAAAUUAACAUCAAGAAAAUGUUAUUAAUAGUUAAAUUAAAAUUUGUUUCGUUUGUUUAACAAAUAAUUUUGAAGUAUUUAUGUGCAUGGUUUACAAUAAAAUUGAUAAAUUUAUGUGUAGGGGUGCGGAGGGGCGAAACCGCCUGCGAGCUUGUUAUAUAUUUAUAAUUUCAGCCUUCCCUUUUAACAAUCCAAAUUUACGCCUAUGUAUGUAGGUAUAAAUUACAUUAAUUAAAAUCUUAAAUCGUACCUACAUUUUAAGUACUAUCAUGUCUAGACCUACCUAAUUAUAAUUAUAUAGAUUAAACAUGGCUGUGAAGAUAAUCAGUGAAAAAAGUAGGUAUCUGGGUAGACAUAAUAUGAUAAUAAUAAAAAAAAAAGUACUUAAAUAUAAUUCACUGUUGCGUUAUUUGAUAGAAAAGAAAAUAACUUUUUAAGUUCGAAGUAUGUAAGAUGGAAGUUGUAUUUUUGAAUUUGUAUAAAUUUUAGAAUGUAUUACAUUGCUUAAUGAGAUAUUCACUAGUUUCAUAAUGUAGAUCUUGGACAUUAUUAGGAAGAUCUACGUAUACAAUAAUUUUUAAAUACCCCCAUAAAAAGAAAUCAAGCGUAUAUCUUAACAGUCUACAGACAGGUAUUUCACAAUAUCAGAAAUUUUAUUUCGAUAUUCUAGUAUAAGUUGAACAUAGUGAAAAUUUUGUUAAUUACAGAUUAUUUGUAAAUAUUAAAUUUCAACAUACUUUGGCAAUUUUGUAAUUAAGAAAAAACUUUUUAUACAAAAAUUGUUUUAAAAAAAAUACUCUCCCCAAAUCUGUAGAAAAAAAAAUGGUGUUGCCAUUUAAAAAAAAGUAAGUAGUAUUGUAAAUUAAUAUUGUGUACUCCAGAUUCCAGAAUAUCAAGAUUUUCCCAGGGAUUACAAAGUUUAACUAUAAGUUUUUUUGUAAGAUUACCAAAGAGUUCCAUGAUUACUAAACAUUUGUAUACUGAUUUACCCUCGGUGUAAACCUAUGAAUAAAAAUUCUAGUAUCAUAUUAAUGGGACUUUUGGCAUUAAUGUUUUAUGUUUGGGAGUUAAAAAAAAAUGUAUGCAUAUAACAGUACUAACAAAACAAAAAAAUGUAAUGCUAGCAAUUGUAGUUGCUAUAACAAUAUAACAAAUUCCCUUUGUGAAGAUAUGUAUGCAGGAAACUAAGCAAUGAUAGUUUCCCUAACAACUUAUUAUAUUGUGUGGUGAAAACUAAUAGUGUAAUAUGUUCUUAAAUACACAUUCAAACAUUUUGAUGUCGAACAUUUACAAACAUCUAAUUAUAUUUCUUAAUUCUCGUAUCAUAUACCAUUAUUUUCAACUACCUGUUGAUAUAAAUAAAUAAACCUCAAGAUCAGGACAUAAGAUCAGUAAUAUGUUUUAUGGCUUGCCAUAAGACAUAUUAAUAAUCUUAUGUUUUUGUUUUUAAUGCUUAAUCCAUUGGUAUAAUCAAAACUUACCUGUUAUAUUUAUUGGUGUGUAAACCACUAGUCAAUUUUUUGUACACCAGACUUCCUGUGAAGUAUACUUCCAUAUAAUUCCAAGUAAAAACUUCUGUCUGUAUACUUAUUUGUAUUUCUUUUAACUUCUCUAUGUUUCUACCUUGGUUCAUACAUACUUCCAUGGACUUUCUUUUUAAUUACUUUCCCUGUAUUCUCAUAUAUUUUCUAAUAUUACUUUCUUAUACCAACAUUUUUGUAUAUUAAUACAUAUUAAGAUUCUAUACAAAAUAUUUAAUUGUAUUAAUGUGGUCUAUGGUGUUGGUACUAUCAUAUUUGUUUGAAUGACUGAUAUUGUACAUACAUCAUGAUCUCAAAAUUAAUAAAGUGGAUUCUGGGUCAUGAUCAUAGAUAAUAUAAUUUUACAUAUACCUAUAUUAUAUUUUUAUAUUAUCUAUGGUUACAAUAGAUUUUUGGGGAUAAAUAUAGGGUAUGGUACUAGACAAAUUGAAAAAGUGCAGUCUAUCUAUAUGUAGUAGGCACCUAUAUCAUAAUAUGAUUAGUAUUAUAUAUAAUUUAAAAUUAAUAAAAUUCAGUGAAAAUCUAAGAGGUAAAAUCAAAUAGAUAUUUAUUAUGGGAUUAUUUGUUAUUACACAUAGGUACAACAUGUUCAUAAAUAACCUAACAAAUAGUAUAUUAUCUGAUUUGAAUUUAAGAAAUAUAAAAUUUUAUUUUAAAACUAGGUAGUUUACACAUUUAUGUAUGAUUUAUGAUGUAUGUCAAGUAUUUAGUUUCACAACAAAUUUAAAUACUUGACAAAAAUUCAUAAAAAUUCAAAACGUAUCAUUAAUCCCUUUUAUAUAGGUAGUUUCAUUUGAUAACAGUCAAAUUACAAUUUUAACAACAAAUAAAUAUUUCAAAUUUUUAACAUUACUGAAUAAGAAAGCAGAACAAUUUAAUAUGAAUGUUAUAUAAAUAUGGGUAGAAUACUUUAAAUAAUAUUUUAAUUGUUUGUACAUUUUAUUAUUAUUGAGCUUCUCUAAUAUUUUUAUUUCAAAUAGACCCAUUGAAUGUUAAUAAAGUUUAAUAUAAUAUAUACUUUCUUUAUUUUAAAAAGUACUUUGUUUUGAUAUUUUUUCAGUAGUUAAUCCGAGGAUAAAAUUGUUUGGCCAAACAGAAAUGCUUGAAAAUUAAACAGGAGGUUCAUUAUAUGCUGUGAAUAGUGAAAUAAAAGAAAAUUAGUGUAAUGUAGAUAUUUAUAAGUAUUUUAUAUCAAAUUUUCAUCGCCGAACAUCGUUCAGAAUCGUUUUUCAUUAUCAAUGUUUAAUCGCUGUAUACAGAUGUACAUUAAAUUCUCUGUGAUAUCCUACCUUACAAACUUUUCACCCAUCUACAACAGUGGCCGACCCAAUUGGUGCAAAGUUUGUCUGUCUUUGAAACAUGAGACGCUGGAAUUUGUAGUUUAGUUACCAAGCGAUUUUUUUAAUAAAACUAUGUGAAUCAACAUUUUAAAAAUUAUGGUGCAAACGAAAAUUGGGGCUGAUUAUUAAUUUUGAAGUUAUGGUCAUUUGAAAUUUGUCGUUUUUUUGGAUAUUAUGUCAUAAUAUAUAAUGUAAAAACCCAGGUUUUUUUUCGAUUAAAACAGUAAUAAACUUGUUUGAAUAAUUUCAAAGUAUUUAUGGAGUACCAAUCAAAAUAUUGAACAAAAAGUUAAAAAAAUAGAAAUCGAAAUAGUGAUUGGUACUGGGGAGUUUUGGAAUGGUAACAGGUACGCAUAUUGAGUAUUUAAUGUAACCACCCAUACUAUCCAUAAAAACGACAAAUUUGUCAAAUUACCAUAUCUUCGAAAUUAAUGAUUCACACUAUUUUUUGUUUAUGCAAUAAUUUUUAAAACAUUGUUUUAAAUAAUUUAAAAAAAAAAAAAAUAUCUAAAAAAAUUACUUGGUAGCUAAACUGCAAUUACAUGUUGGGUACUUAUUUAUUUGCUUUAUAUUUUUUGUAAAUAUUUUUACAUAAAUAAAUAAAUGAAUAUAUAGAUAAAUGUCUACUCGUAUUUCCAUAUACCUCCGAGAACUUUAUGCUUCCUUGUCCUUCCUUGUACUUCUAUGUAAUUCAUUACACUUCUAAAUAUUUUCUUGUAUUUUUAUGAAGAUUGUAAACCAAUAUUUAUUUAGGAUUAAUCAUGGAAAAUACAAUUUCUGGAAUUAAUCAACAAUGUGUUUGAAACUGUUUGUGUUUUGUUGUUUUGUAAUCAUUAUUAACGAGAUUAUUAAAAAAGUUACCGGGAUAUGACUAUACAGCCCUCUCUUACAAAGCGGCUGCCACCUUAUCUACCUUAGUAUUUCCAACCUGAUGAUGCUGUAAAAUGGAUAUUAACCUAAUGUAAUCAUUAUUAACGAGAUUAUUAAAAAAGUUACUGGGAUAUGACUAUACAGCCCUCUCUUACAAAGCGGCUGCCAUCUUAUCUACCUUAGUAUAUCCAACCUGAUGAUGCUGUAAAAUGGAUAUUGACCUAAAGCUAAAUCUUGCUACACUAGGAUCUCGGAGACUUGAAUAAACUAAAAAUAAAACCUGAUGCAAAAUUACGAAACUUCUAUUAAGGCAUCAAGGUAUCAAGGAAAAAAUGUUUUAAAGUUUUUCCCGGUAACUUCCUAAUGAAGUCCUAAUGAAAUGACUUUUUUCCAUUUUUACACAAGAAAACACUUUGAAAAAAAAGAAGAUAGUAUGCUAAACUAGAAUUAUGUCUCAAAAGUAUAAAAUUGAAAAAAAAAAAACAAAAAAAACUGCAGAAUAAUUAAAUGUGUAUAAAAUAUAAAAUUUAUUGAAAAAAGUUGUCAUGGAUUGUAUGUUAUCACUAAAGAUCAAGUUUCACUACAGUUUAUUUUUUCAUCACAUUUAAUUUUUUCUAUUACAUUAUUUUUUCUAUUUUUCGUAAAAUUAGUUAACACUAUUAUUUUUUUUUUUUCACUCGUAAGGUCUUAUAAUACCUACCAUACACGCUGUGGUUUACCUGAGAGGUCUACCUGCACAGAGUUUUUUAAAUCUGCACUGGCAACCAGCAUAAAAUCGAAAAUCAAUUUUUUCUAGUAUACUGGAACGUCUCCACACACGCUGGUUGACCUGCACAGCGAACUUGAACAGGUAAUUUCUCUGGUAGACUGUAGCAUGUGUGGCCUGCAACAAAAUUACCGAAAUAAUUUGUAAAUUCACACUGAGUGCUUUCACUAGUUGGUUCUUUCCUUGAAUAAUUCAAGUCACUACUCUAUUAAAAAAUAAAAUAUCAUGCAUUUUGCUUAUUGUACCAUUAUUUGUAGAUUAUAUAAUUUUCUAAAUUAAAAUUCACUUCUGUUUCUUAUAGUUUAUAUCAUAAAUUAGUAUUCACUUUUGAUUUUUAAGUGGAAACCUCCCUCUAAUUUUUAAAUUCGUAUUGAGAAAAUUUUCCGGAUGAUUAGAAAAAAAAAACUUAGCAUGAUGGGUGGGCUACUGUUGUAGAUGAGUAAUUGGGAAGAUAGGAUAUAGAGAGAAAUUUAAUUUAUUUUUGUGUGCAAUGAUAAAUCAGUGCCAUUGAAAAAAGAUUCUGAGAGGAGUUUCAAAAUUUUGUAUUAAAAUUCUUAUAAAAAAAAAAGUACGAAAUAAAACUCAACCUUUUCUUUUUGACCAUUAAGUACAACUUAUAAUAAAUCUAUUAAAUUUUCAAGCAUUUCUGUUCCAAAAAUUUUAUCCACAUAGUACCUACCGAAUAAAAUUUCUAUAAAUAUCCUAAAAAUAUCUCAAAUGUUUUGAAAAUUUCACAGCCUCUAAAAAGGCAAAUAUAAGUUUUCUAUUCAAAUCUCAAGUUGCUACGAAGAUUUUGAACUGAAUUACAACAAAAAAAUAAAUUGAAAAUAAUAAAAUCAUCAUUUUCAUAAAAUUUUGUUUUUCAUACCUUUUUUUCGAAUUAUUUUGAAAACUGUUUAGAAAAUAAAAAAAUAAAUGCCUUUAAAAGUACCACCCUAGGAGAAUUUCUUGUCAGAAAUUGUGCUACACUUGAAAGUUGGAGUAAGAAUUUUUUUCAUAGUAUAAAAAUAUAAUAAUAAAAAUACAAAGAAACAUUGUAAUACCAAUACAUUCCUCGCUUAUAACUUAUACUACUUAAUAACUCAUAAAUUUUAAGUCUGCAUCACUAGAUUUUUUGAGUGUUAAAUGAUCUUCAAACUUCUAAAAAUUAACAUUGAUUUUAAUUUAAUAUUAGUUACAGAUAUCAACAUUUAUAAUAAAAUGUUUUCUAUUUUAUAUGUAUCUUUAAAUGUGGGGUUCCAAUUAAAAAAAAAGUGUUAAAAUAAACCUUACACAAUUUAAUAGAGAUUCACCAAAAAAACUGAAUUCACUUACCACUUCCUACUAGGAACAAUUGUUUUUAUUUAUUUAUUUAUUUUUUAAAUUAAAGUUUAUUGUUUAAUAUAGGCAUUUAGCUCCAGACACAUUUGACUACCAUUGUCCUUACAAUCCAGCACACACUAUGCCACAAAAGACUUUAAUCAAGCAUUUGAUAAGGUGUCCAGAUAAACCGCCUAACUUCAGGAAUUGUACAUACAACAUAUCACAUGUCAUGCAUGAAUCUGAACUAGCAGUAAAAUUUUAAUUAUUAUUAUUACUAUACAUCUAUUACAUAGUAAUAUUUACUAUAUACGUAAAUACUGAAGUUAUUUAUAAUAGGUUCUAAUUGAAAUUGUAUAAUCAUGUUAUUUUAGGAUCAUGAAGAAAACUGUCCUAAUAGAAUAUUAUUUGAUACAAUUUUGUACGAAUCAGAAGAUAUGAAGCGUCCAGUGCCUGUUAUAGACCACAUACCAGCCAUGGAUUAUAGUAAAGAAGAAUCCUGGGAAGGUGUAAGUAAUUAUUUAAAAAUAAAUAGGAUUACAAUUUUUAUUUUUCAACUAUAUCUAUUGUUCCUUAACCCUAGAGCACAUGACUUUUAGAAUUUUGUUCAUUGUUAUUAAUAUACUGUCUGAUAAAUGGUGUGUGUGUGUAUGUAUGUAACAUAUACUGUAACAUUGAAAACUUUUAAUUUUAUGAAAACUCAAUUAUUGUUAGUUGCCACUAGUUAUAUUAGAUAAAUUUAUAUGAAAGUUUCAUUUGUUUAUAUUAUCAAUAAAAUUGUUUGACAAUUUUUAUUCUUUUAAGAGCAUUAUUUAUUUAAAAUAAUGAUUAAUAAACAUUUAUCAUUUAUCAUUUAAUGUUUUAAUUAAUGCGCAUGGAUUAUCCUAAAUAUUUUUGAUGCAUGUAAUUUAUGGUUAAAAUAAUUUUUGUAUGGUAAAAUAAUUAGAGAACAUAUUAAUUUUUUCUCCAUUUGCAUAUAUAUAAAGAAGUGUACAUUUUAUUUUGAUGAAGUUUUAUGUAGAUAUUAAAUGUGUUUCAAUAAAAACAACUUAAAUAUUUUUAAUUUUUAGAUGGAACAGUCCUCUGAUGUAUUAAAGGACAUUUCCAAAGCAACAGUUUCAAUGAAAGCUAUACAUGGUUCUACUAGAUCUGAGCGUAAAAAAUAUCGUAAUCUUUUACAUAUUUCACACAAUAAUACCAAUAAUGUGAGUAUACACUCAAAGACAAUUAAUAUGAAAUUAAUUAAUUUCUCUAUUGAAAUAUGAAGUUAUAUGAAGGGCUCUGUGCUAAAUCAAGACAGAGAAUUGGAGGUAUAAGAUAUGAGUGUUAAUGGGAAAAAGAAUUCUGAAUUCAUAUAUGUAAUAUGUAUAAUUUGAGGAUAUGUAUGAAAGUUUAUAUACUAGUGUGAGAAGUUAAGGUAAAAUGGUAAAUGAUGUUUGUUAAUGAUACAGUGUUGAUAGGAGAAUAUCUAGAAGAAGUUGAAAAUAGGCUUGAGAAAUGAAGAGUAGCUCGAAGGAAAGAGACAUAGGCCAGUUCUUAUAAUGUCUAUUUAGGUUAGGGCUAUAUCCUACUUUCUCAAAUUCUUACUUUUUAUAGUCAUUUUGUAGUAUAAUAAUUAAAUAGGCUAAAUAUAUUUUCUUUAUUAAUAUUUGUUUCAUAUUGUACCGAUUUUCCCAAUUUUCCUAGGCUUCUAGUUUUUCCCAUGUUUUAUCCAGGUUUAUCACAUUUGCCUGGAAAAAUCUUGGGAAAAUCAAAAAAUGACCUCUUUAAUAUACAUCCCCACAUGUUAUUCUUUUAGAAAAGGUGCUACACUUAGAAAUCUGAGAAAUUCUUUUGGUAGAAAAUUUGCUCACAAAUCAUCUUUGUAAAAUCAUAAGUUUCUUCGCUCCACUCAGAAUCUAAAAUUCGAAGAUUUUGAUGUAUAAACUUUUUAUUUUCAUUAAUUAAUUUUUAAUAAUUUUUUAAAGUUUAGAGAAAAGAAAUGUAUAGUCAAUCAAUCAUAAUAAUAAUAAUCAAUUAGAGAAUUGGAUUACAACCUACUGCAUAAUUAUAGGUACUUUUCAUUUAACUUAAAAAAAUUUAUUAAAAAUCACGAAUUUAUUGAAAAUAAUGUUUUAUACAAGUUGAUACAUCAAAAUUUUUAGAAAAAUAAACUAUAAGCCAUGUUCUAAUUUUUCAAAAAUAAUAAAAUAAAGUUAAUUAUAAGUUUUUUAUCAAAGCAUAAAAAAUUAAUUGCUAUUUAAUAUAAAUAUUUGUAGGCCUUAUCUCUGAGAGUAAUAUAAAAACAAAACAGAAUUUGAGUAACUUUAUUAACUUCGGAGAUAUUAUAGUAAAUAUAUCUAUGUGGGAAAGCCUCUAUUUAAUAUAACAAUUAAAAUCAAAAACUGAUAUUGCUUGGUCCCUGUGCUACUGUUGUAGGGUAGAUUGGAAUCAUCAAGUUAAUAUUUAUAUCUGUAUGCAGUGAUAAAUUUGUUAAUAAUGGUUGAUAAAUCAUUACUAAUAAAAAAAAAUUCUGAGCGAAAUUUAAAAUUUGGUUUUAACAUGCUUUAAAGUGUUGUAAUUUUCAUUGUUUCCAUCAACAUUUAAACAUUGCUUAUGAUUUACUUUUUGGUAAUAAGAUUGGGUAUAUAGGUUUUAUAACUGUCACUUAAGUGUGAUGAUUGGUAUGAAAUGUAUCCUAAUUUCUAAUUAUACAAUUUUUAAAAGUGCUCGAUAAAUUCUGGCAAUUUCAAAAAAAUUGAUUUAGGUUUUAAAUUUUAAAACUAAUAAACUAUAAAUCAUUAUUCAAAUAAUUUGUAAAUAAUUCUAAUUUGUACAUAAAGAUUAAAAAAAUAUAGUGUAUAGUCAAUGUUGAGGAAAUUACUUUAUUUGGUAAUUAAAUUAGUAACUAAUUUUCGAAAUUAUGACUUAUUUUGCAGUUACUUUUAUUUGUUCAAGUAACAUUACUUUUAAGUUAAAAAGUAAUUUCAUUACUAUAUAAUAGUUACUUUCUUUUUUCUUUCAAAAAUAUCUCUGCAAUAAUAACUUAAUAAUAAUAACUUGAAUAAGUCAUGGGACAAUACAUCAAUGAAGCAAUGAUAAUAAACAAUAUGUGAUUUUUUAUAAUAAAAUCAAAGAUUUGAAUCAUAGUAAAUAUUAAGUAUUUAAAGACCAAAGAAGACAAUAAUAGUUUAACAGAUACUUAUUUUUUAAAUAAAAAUUUAUUUUUAGAACUACAGUCACUAGCUAUUAAAUAAAUAUUACAAUAAGAGAAUUUUUUUUUUAUGAUAUAUUUACAUUAUAUUAUAAAUAUAUUUUAAAAAUGUAUAAAACAAAAAAAAAGACCAAAUAAUUUAGUAAUUAUACUACAAAGAAGUAACUUAGGAAACAUAUAAAUUACUUACAAUAAAAUUACCAUCAAAUUACUUACUAAGUAAUUUUGUUACUGUAACUUUUAACUGUUUAUAAUAAUUAAAAUUAAGUUUAUAAUAAUUAGCUUAAUGAACUCCCCAUAAAAAUGUUUAAACAUGUGUGCAAAAUUAUCAUAAAUAGAGUAGAAUAAAUGUUUUGUUGGUAAAUAGUGCCAAUUUUUAGAUAAACAUACAUUUUUUCUUAUUAUACAUAAUACAUAUCAUCCUAUGCCCAUAUUUUCAUUAGAGUAAAAAUUAUAUUUAUUUGAAUUAAUUAGUGCCUAGUUUUCACUAUUUUUAUUUUUAUUAUACAAAUUAUUUUAAUUUUAAUAUUAAUAUUAUAUGUUAUUUUAUAAUUUACCCAUACUGAAUACAUUACUUAAAACUAUAUAGUAAUCAGGCUACUAAUAAAAUCUACAACAGUACAUUUUUAUUACAUGAUAAUCAUUUUUUAUUGUUUUUAGUUUUGUCUUUAAUAUUUAGUAUAAUAUUCUGUGAUAUAGUAAAUAAGCUAAUAAGAUUUAUUACCUCAAAACUAAAUAUUUGAUAUGCUCUGAUGGCAAAUACUAAGUAUGUCAUCCUCUUAAUAUAGUUCAAUUUGUAUUAAAUCUACUGAAAGAAAAAGAAACAUUAUUCAUAUUCAAAAAAUAUAUUAAAUACAUAUAUUUUUUUAAAUAAAAAUUCUUUAACUUUCUUAAGGUUUCUUUAACUCUUUUAUGAUACUAUUUUAGAUGAUAUCUUUUCAUCAAAAUUUGACAUAAUACAGUUACAUCUAAUAAUAUUUAAGGCUUGGCUUUAUUUUAAAUGGCAUAGAUAAUAUUAAUGUUUAUUUUUGUAUACAAAAUAUUAAAAAAUAUAAUUUUUUUAUUUUUAGUUUUAUUAGUUUAAAAAAUGAUAUAUUAAAUUUUUCAUUUAGAAAAGUGGUGCUGACAACAGUAUUACUGGUAACAAUAGGGCUGGAAACAGUGGCACCAGUGACACAAAUGUAUGUACUUUUUUUAUUUAAAUUUAAAAUUAUAAAUAAUAUGUUUAUUUUAUUAUAUUUAGUUAAUUAAUUAAAAAAGAAGGCUAUAAUAAACUAUACAUAUCUGUGUUAUGGUGUUUGUCAGAAAAGUAGUUUGUGCGAAUAAUAGUGAAAUAAUAAAAAUAGUGAAAUUAAUUUUGUAAAUUAGUCUUAUGAUGUUUUAUAAGUACAGUAAAUUUACCCAAUCCUAAAUUUUUUAAAAAAAUGUAUAGAUAUAUGUAUGAUUUAUAUAUGAACACAGCAUAAUAUAAACUAAUGUACUCUACAUCAAAAGUCCCUAACAGAAAAUGGUACAACCCAUUUUUAAAAUUUAAAUUUUGGCCACCCACAAUAAUAUCAAUGGCCUUUUUUUUUGAUGUUUUGUAAAUGAGUUGCAAGUACAUUUUAAAGAGCAGUACAUUUUAAUAAGAAAUAUUUAUAGUUAUUUAUUUAGUUAUUAAAAAAAGUAUAUAUAUAUAUAUAUAUAUAUAUUAGUAAGUAUAUAAUUUUAAUGUAAAGGAUGUAAUUGUUUCCUAUUUCUGCAUUGAUAGCCUCUUCAACAUUUGUUAGCUUGAGGUGCAGUGAGUUUGACGCUAUCAAUUUGCUCUCUAAAUUGGUUUUGAUAGUAUCCAUUACCAAAAAUCCAACUUUACAAUUAUAUAAUGAAAUGAUUAGGAGUAGCGAAACUGUCAUCAUUUGUAUCUCAAAUAAUCGAUUCAUAGCACAAAAAAUUCUCGGGAGAUUCAUCCAGCUGAGAUAAGCCUUGAAUAUCUGUGAACUCGUUUUAUUGUAAUAAGAACUAUUUACUCAAAUUAACUUUUUCAGUUUAUCUUCUACUGAUUGAAAAUUUUUUCAAAUCUAUAUAACACUAUGUUAUUUGAAAGCAAUAACUUUGUAACUAAUUUUAAAUGUUUUUCAUCAAACACGACCUAAGUUUAGACCUACAGUUAGAAGGUCACAUAGGUACUUAAAUAAUUCACUAUCUUUUCAAUAACUUAAUUUGAUUGCAUCUAUUGAUAUGGUUUGUGUUAAUUCAUCGGAACACUCACAGAUAAUGAUUUAUGAUAGAACUGAAUUUAAACAUCGCCGAAAAGUAAUAGAAAUAUAGAAUUAUAGUAUUAUAGUAACACAUGUCUAAAAAAUUGUAUUAUUUAAAAAUAUAACGUGACCCAUAAAAAGUAUGGUUACAACCCACAGUUUGAGAACUUGCUUUAUAUAUUUUCCAAUCAUCCCAAACUUUUAACAACGGUGGCUUAUUAUUAUUUUUUUACUGUAUUUUAAUUUGCAUGAUAUUUAUAGUUUACUUAUAGUCAUAGGGUGGGUAUUAUUAUAUUGAUAAACAUCUGAUUAAAACCUAAAAUUUCUUAUUUUUUUAAUGUAAUAUUUAUAAUAUUUUAAUUUGUUUAACAUAGAUAGUAAUUACAUACAAAUAUACAUAAUAUAUGUUAUAAAUGUAAUUGUUAAUUUAUUUUUCUUUUUUUAGUCUGUGUAUACUGAAAAUAAAGAUCAGAACCUGCAGCAAAGGAACAAACCAAAAGAAUUGUUUAUCGGAAAGAGACCAACUGUCGCCAGACAUAUAAAUACUACUAAUAAUCAUAAUUAGUUUCAUCAAGUUUUAAGCUUGAUUAAUUAAUUUAUAAUUUAUUUAAAUUCAUCCAUCCAAUAACAAUGAUAUUUUCAAACAUCUGGU